CCCAUGCUGAAAAAAAGACUACUGGGACUCUGUACCCUGGAGUGAUGAGACCAAGAUAACUGUUUUUGGAACUGAUGGCUUCAAAACUGUAUGGUGUCGCAAAGGUGAGGAGUACAAAUAAAAAUGUAUGGUGCCUACAGUGAAACAUGUGUCCUGUGGAACUGCAUGAGUGCUGCUGGUGUUGGGGAGCUGCAUUUCAUUGAUGGUAUCAUGAAUUCACAGAUGUACUUCUCUAUAUUGAAAGAGAAGUUUUCCAACAUGACAAUGAUCCAAAACACACAUCUAAGGCCACUGUUGCAUUUCUGA